AUGGUGGACGUAAAGGAAUCCCAGGCUGUGGAGGUCCUCCAGACCAAGUCUGUAUCGUCAGGCGACAGGGAGGCCGAUACACGGAUCAAAACCACAGCGCAGGGUAUUCCUCUCGUGCCUCAACCUAGCGACGACCCAGAGGACCCGUUGAACUGGAGCACAUUUGUGAAACAUGCUGCUCUUGUGGUUCUCGCGUUUGAGUCUUUCAUGACCAAGAUGUCAAACACUUUGAUUGCUCCUGAUGCGCUGGAGCUGGCUAAGGAAUUCGGAGUAACCAAGUCGACUGCCACGUACAUUGGUUCUGCACCUCCCAUUCUGAACGCUCUUACCUCCUUCUUCUGGAUUCCUUUGAGCCACCGGAUCGGCCGGCGGCCUGUCCUCCUAAUGGGCAAUUUACUUGCCCUGGUCAGCUCCAUUGGAGUGGCUCGCUCUCAGACGUAUGCGCAAGCUCUAGCCUGUCGGAUGGUCAUGACAUUUGGUGGGAGUGUCGGACUGUCCAUCGGCCCGGCUGCCAUUUCGGAUAUGUUCUUCCUUCACGAAAAGGGCUCCCGCAUGGGAGUCAACAGCAUCUUGCUCGUUAUCGGUCCAUAUGUAGGCGGAGUUGCUGGUGCGUCAAUUGCAUACAAUCCAAAUCUCGGGUGGCGGUGGUCCAUGUACAUCGCAGCCAUUCUAUAUGCUGCGCAGUUUGUCUUCCAGUUCCUUUUUGUCCCGGAAACGAUCUAUGUGCGAGAUGAGAAUGGUCAGGGUGUGUCCAGAAGCUCAGAGCCGAAGCCUACCACAUUUCUUUCUCGACUCAAGUUUCGUCCACCGCCGCCUCCGAAAGGCGAGAGCUGGGGUAGAACGUUCAUUAAGCCUUACAAGAUGUUCGCCUAUCCCGCCGUCUUUCUUCCUUCCUUCUGGUUUGGAGUUGCAUGCAUGACCGAAGUCGGUAACACGGCGGGAUUUGCUCUCAACUUCGGCAGUGACAGUCGCUGGGGUUUCAACCUCGCCCAGGUUGGCUUCUGCUACUUUUCCGGUGUUAUUGGAGCCGCUUUGGGAGAGAUCUUUGGCGGCCCCCUGUGUGAUAUGCUGGCGAAGUACUCCAUACGGCAUGGCAAGGAGUGGAAGCCGGAGCGUUUACUCCAUCUUGUAUGGUCUGGCAUGGUCACUAUUUCGGCUGGUCUUCUCCUGUACGGACUCGAACUCGAGUACGGCAACAACUGGGCCGCAGCCCUAACCGGAAUCGGUCUCUUCACGUUUGGUCAGGAAGUCCUUGUCACUGUGCUCCUGACCUACAUGACAGACUGCUACCCGGAGGAUGCAGCCGAGGUAACCUUGGUGCUCCAGUUCUUCUUCGCCAUUCAGACGUUCCAUGUGCCGUUCUAUCUUCCGCAGUGGAUCAAACAGCCAGGCGGCGCCAAAGUUCCCUAUAUUGUUUUCGCGGCGCUACCGGUGGUACUAUACCCCAUUUGCAUUUGGAUCUUCGAGUGGAAGGGCGAGAAAAUUCGGAAGAGGGGACCCUUGUUCAGGAUAUAA